AUGUACUACUUCCAAGGCUCGCUCAACUCACGCGACAGAGAUCCGCCGGCACCCUCUGGCUAUCGCUCAAGAUCUGAGUAUCAUGGUGCGCGGUCGCAGCCCCGACGAGACCAAGCUCGCAGACCUCCGCCGGCUUUUCGUAAGACAGCGGCAGACAGGCCUUUGCUGAGACUUCGCCAUGACGACUCGACAGAUCCCUCCCUCGAAGAUCCCAACUCGACCUCCAAGUCCAAGUUUCGCAACGUUGACGAACUCACUGAUAGUGAAGAAGAGAAAAUGGCGCAAUCCGACGAAGACGAAGAGGUAGAUCGGCGAGCGAACAAACGUGCCCGAGUAAAUGGACCCGAAUCUACUGCCAUGCUUGCGCCGCCAAAAUGGUCAAACCCUGAUCCAUACACCUCGCUCCCUCCUCAGACAGAGGCACCUGCUAAACGCAUUGAUGUCGUCAAACUCAUCCGGAAAGCACGCAUCGACGGCACCCGCAGUCUCGAGAACGUCAACCUAGCCCACGACUUCAUCUCCUUUGAUAGUGAAGAACAAACUCCAGGUGAAAAGUCGCUAUCUCCGGCACCUCGCUCAGAACUUCCACUGGCGUCCAAGGCAUCGACCCCUCGAGGAGAGAUCAAGACCACUGUUACAGGCAAGAGAAAACGAGGAGCCUCUCUGGGUGAGGAAGUACCGCUGCCACGGUCUGACAACCAAAUUUAUGCCGAUCGACAUGUGCAGGAAGAGUGGAGAGCUACACCCGGGGUCGACACCACACCGUGGCUGACCUCUCAUCCGCCUAGUGACAUUCCUUUAGUCGCUUUCCACAAAGAGAUCAUUGACUUCUACGACUGGGUCAAACCGAAACCUCAUGAGGAGGAUGUCCGCGGCGAUGUCUUUCGACGCUUGAAUACCAUCUUACAAAGUUUCACGUAUGGAGAACUGAGAGCCUUCGGGUCUUAUGCUGCCGGCUUGUACUUGCCCACCGGAGAUAUGGACCUGGUCUACCUCACUCGCAACUUCAGACCUGGCCGAUUCUCUCAAGACGAUUCGAGGCGACUCGUCUACGACUGUGCCAGAUUUCUCAGGACAAGGAACAUCGCCGAAGGACUCGUGGUACCUAUCCCCAGGGCCAAAGUACCCAUCAUCAAGUUCGUGGAUAGAGUCAGCGGCCUCAAGAUUGACCUCUCUUUCGACAAUGACACCGGUGUUGUUGCUAUUGACACAUUCCACAAGUGGAAGCAGGAAUAUCCGGUUAUGCCCAUGAUCGUGUCAGUGGUGAAGCAGUAUUUGAUGAUACGAGGGUUGAAUGAUGUUUCAACCGGUGGUUUGGGUGGCUUUUCAACCAUCUGCUUGGUCACCAGCCUGCUCCAGCAUUUACCAACUCCUAGGCGGCCUAUCAACCUUGGCGACGUCCUCCUGCAGUUUUUCAACUACUACGGAAACCUGUUCGACAAGGAUGAGGUGGCUAUCCGACUCGAUCCGCCCGGAUAUCUGCACAAGGCAUCUCACCGACCUCGAUUCGAUGAAAGAGAAUCAAGACGACUUACUAUCAUUGAUCCACAUCGCGCGGACAACAACAUCUCAGGCGGAACCAAAGAAAUCGAUAAGAUCUUCAAAUGUUUUUCCGAGGCAUACAAGGCGCUUAUGAAUCGACUCUGCGCGUACGAAAGACGAGAUCCACGAGCUCCCCAGGGGAGCUUUUUGGAAUGUCUCAUUGGUGGCAACUUCACGUCUUACGAGUCACAACGAAAGAAACUGCUUGAUCUUCUUUCAUCGCCCGAUGAUACCGAAUCUGUUGUGAAGAAUGGAGGAUACUCGUCUAGGGUGUCUCAUCGACCGGCAGUUGUCCACACGCAUGGUAGACGGAACGAUCAGACGGACGAAUCUGGCGGCUCCGUGGAGAGAAUACCUGCACCAACUAAGAAGCUAGGUAAAGGUGAAAGACGAGCGAAGCGCCUUAAAGACUUGCGACCGGACCUCGCGCCAUCGAUACGGAAUACUAUUAGUCUCAUUGACGCUUUGAAGAUUGGAGGCUACAAAACACCACAAGAGAUGGAUAAUGACCUCCAGAUACGGGAAGCCGCAGCGGCCAAGAUCGCAGCGGCCAAGGUCCAGUGA